AACAGUGGCGAGAGCAAAAGUUAAGACUCUUCCUUUGACACAUAAAUGCAGCCUAAACGUUAUUAUAUUCAGUUAAAACAGCAGAAAGACUAGGUCACAACGUUUUGUCUAGAUGGCUGUGUCCUGGUUUCGUGUUGCUGUGCCCCUGUGUUUUGCGGUUUUAUCGUUUGCAGUCGCCAUCGUUGGACAGAAGCAGGGGCUGUUCACAGGGAUGCCGCCUCCUCUGCCUGUAGCCCUCGGUGUUUGUUCCCUGGCCGGGAUGGCACUUGUUUGGAGGGACAUUAGCUCGAAGAUGAAGGGUGACAACCGGACGUUAAGCGGUCUUCUGAGUCAGUAUCUGGGGGUGAAGGCUUUGGGCUGGCUGGGCAGACGACAGAGAAAGAAACUUGAAUCCGACACGCUCAAUGUGAAACGAGUCCAGGAGGAGACGCUGCUGAAGCGCCUGAGUAAAAACGCAAACACAUGUUAUGGAAGACAGUUUGACUUCUGCUCGAUCAAAGACAGUGCAACCUUCCGGGCACGUCACCCCAUCACCACAUACGAGCACUACCGAGAGCUCAUCAGACACAUCGCUGCAGGAGAGGAGAAGGUGAUCAUUGCUGAGAAGCCGCUGAUCCUGGCAAUGACCUCUGGGACGUCAGGAGCCAGCGCCAUGCUGCUCAGCACCAAAGACACCAACACUGAGUUCUUCCUGCAGGGAGUGAGUGUGUGUUUGAAUGCCAUGCGUCAGGCAUUCCCUGCGACCGACAGCCUCCAGCGCACAACCAAGUUCUUCUACACACCUACUUUUCGCCAGUCUGAGGCCGGCAUUCCCAUUGGACCAAACUCAUCUACACCAGCCUCCUCCCGCCAGAUGCUGAACCUCUACACCACCCCAGCGCCUGCCUUUGAGGUUCCCAGUGAGAAGGACACACUCUACCUGCACCUUCUUUUUGCUCUGAAAGAUCCCAGUGUGGGAACGCUGGAGUCGAACUUUGCCUCCACGGUUUUCUAUGCUUUCAGUGCCCUGCAGGAUCGUUGGCAGGAGCUUGUGGAGGACAUUGAACGAGGAAAGGUCAGCGGUGCUCUGGCUCUCGAGCCCAAAGUGAGGGCCGGGCUUGAAGCUCUGAUGAAGCCAGACCCAGAAAGAGCCGCUCAGCUCCGGGCCCACUUCCAGGACGGCUUCAGGGGGAUCGCCAAGCGGCUGUGGCCUCACCUCCACCUGGUGCUGGCGGUGGACUCAGGCUCCAAUCAGAUCUACGGGGAAAUGUUGAGGGAGAAUUACUGCCAGGGAAUUCCUUUCUACUCUCCCUUUUAUGCUGCUACUGAAGGUCUAAUAGGGGUGAACCUGUGGCCUCAGGAGACAAGCAGACGCUAUCUGCUGUGUCCUCGCUCCAUGUUCUGUGAGUUCCUGCCCGAGAGCAGCCUGGAGGAGGAGACGCCUCACACCCUGCUGAUGGAGGAGGUGAAGGAGGGACAAAACUACGAACUUGUCAUUACAAACGCUUCAGGACUCUUCAGAUAUCGCGUUGGAGACAUUGUGAAAGUAGUUGGGUUCCAUAAUCAGUGCCCCAUCGUUGAGUUUCAGUACAGACGUGGCCAGAUGUUGAACGUUCGAGGGGAGAAGGUGACUGAAGUGUUGUUCCUUGAUGCUCUGAAGAAAGCUGUUGCUCAGUGGCCAGGAGCUCAGCUGGUCGACUACUGCUGCGCUGAGAGUGGCAUCCUGGGAGAUUCAAUAGGCGGCUCAGAUCCUCAUUACCAGGUGUUUGUAGAGCUGAAAGGUGUGAGGAACCUCACAGAGGAACAACGAUACAAGCUGGACAUCUCUCUCCAGCAGGACUCGGCUGUCUACAAGUCUUUCCGUAUCAAAGGCAGCAUCGGACCAAUGAGGGUGCAGCUGGUGGCGGAUGGUGCGUUCAAGGAGCUUCGUAAGCAGAUGAUGGCCUACUCAAACACAUCACCCAACACUUUCAAAAUGCACCGGGUGCUGCGCAGGAAAGAAUACGCUGAUUUCUUAUUGGGAAAAACGGUUUCCUGAAGCCUCCUGUUGUGGGGAAAGAGAUAAAGCUUGUGACUCUGGCUGUGGUGAGCACCGACUGACUGACAUGUCUCUGGUUUUUUAUCAACUUUUCAUCAAGGAGUUGGUGAAUUGUGCCUUUGGCAACCGUUAAAGACAAAAACACAUCAUCCAUUUAUGCCAAUUAAAAAUGUUCAUUUGACUGAUGUAUUUUCUCCACCAUAUUUAUAAUUUUUAUUAAAGGGUGCUGUUAAACUGUUACUAUAGCUUUGUUUUAUGAUCCUCAUCUCUCCUCCAUGACAGUCAGAGUUAAACCAUAUGCAGUGUAUAUACUGUACCAAAGAUUUAUGAGUGAAGUUAUGAGUGAAAAACUGCUACAUAAAUGAAUCUAACCAGGUUUCAUUUUGUUGCCUUAUAACAGGUGGCUGAUAUUCUUGAGGAAAAAGUGUUUUAGUUUUGUGUUGUGACGGUUUUUGCAGCAGCUAGAGAAAAAGCAAAAUGAACAUUAGAAAACUCUCCACUAACUUUGCUCAAGUUUAACAUUUACAUUGCUACAUAUUUUUUAAAUAUUACCCUUUCAAUAGAUCCCAUCUGGUGCAACAUCUGAGAAGAUUUUCAUGUAAAAAUAAACCUUAUUUGCAUAAAUCUUGGAGUGGGGCUGCAAAGCAGCAGAGAAAAGCAUCUUAAGCCCUUUAACUCCGAAACUUUGUAUUUCCACAAGUAAAAUCCUGCUGUAGGUUAUGGCCUCUUAUACUGUAAAUGAUAAAUAAAAAUCUGAAAGUGAAAUACUGUACAGGAUUUCACCUCAUCAGGAACAAGCCUAUGAAAUCUGGACUCACUAGCAUUACAUGUUUUGUCCCUUUUUGUGUCCUCUUGCAGAGAGUGGGUGCCGUAUGCUGGGAAAAGUAAGCAUGCAAUUUGCAGUUUAUUGUAAUGACUUUAUAUCAUGUCUUGGAGCUGAAAAUUAUUAUUGCAUUUGUCUCCAGAACUGUUCCUUCAUCUUAAUAAGCUCUCCCUUUGGAAUCACAAUAUCCAGAUAAUUUAAAUUUGCCAGCUUUCUUUCAGAGCCUCCUGCAGCUAGCUGCUAAUUUCUGCCCAUUUUGAGCCCAGAGGAUCAUUCAGAUUAGAAGUUCUGUUGCUUCUUGUUGGCUGGCAGAAAACACGCUAGCUGGUGUGGGUUUUAUUUACCUUUCACCAUCUGACCAACUACCGUACUCAUAUUUACAAAUGAUACCAGUCCCAGGAUUUUAUCGUCAGCCACUAGAGGGGGCUAGUCUCAUGUGUAAGACAUAAGACAUUUGUGCUGUCAGGCUUCAGGCGGCCAGAUUCACUACUUAUUUGUGUUAUCAUCCCCUUUCUCUAAGCUGGAUUCUUGAUCAUAUCUCUGUUAGUGCCUUUAGGGUGAAGCCUGUCACUGUAAGUCAACCAAACAUAAAACCAGAGGCAAGCAAGAGUCUGAACAACAGUUUACUCAAGUGCAAAUGCAGAAUAAUGGAGAUUUUUAUACGUUUUUUAUAUUUAGAUGACAUGUAGUUUGGACUUUGCUAACUUCAACAUUACUGUAUUUAAUAAAAAUUUUAUCCCAACUGCACUUCUAGUCAAACAUUUAUCAUGUUGUCAAAGAAAAAUUGCAGCUAAACACUGAACAAGCCCCUUUCUGAAAGUCUGUAAGUCUCAUGUGUUGUUGCAUGGCUCACUCCU